AUGGGUAAACGGUUCUCUAAACAACGCCACAAACCCCGUUUUACCAAAGUCCAAAUACCAUGGCUCAUUCGCGGCGUCAUCCGCAGUAACAACUUGGAAAGCAUGCAAUACCUUCUUAGCUACCCAAAUGAUGUCAAUCCUUGUAUGGUGAUUGAUGGUGUCUGUCCACUUAACCUCGCUAUCGAGCUGGGUCAUCUCCAAAUGGUUAAGCUUUUGAUAAAAGCUGGCGCCGAUAUCCACGUUUCUGAUUGUCCGCGUUAUCCACUUCACCAAGCAGCCCUUUUUGGUCGUGCUGCGAUUGCGGAACAGUUGAUAAACUCGGGCGCGAAGGUGACUACCCUGACAGAGCGACGUCAAUCCUGCCUACAUCUUUUGGCAGGUCAGUCCGCAGAAAGGUAUGUAGAAACUGCGAAGGUGCUUCUUAAACAUGGCUGUGACCCGAACAACCUUGAUGACGACGGUAUGGCACCGCUGCAUCUUGCGUCUGUCGAAAUUGGGGAGGUUUUGGCAUCGCACGAAAAGACGGAUCUUAACAUUCUGAGUCAAGCCGGCGACACACCUCUUCUAGUCGCCUCCAAGGAUCGUAAGGAAGGCCUCCUUUUAACCCUCCUUCGUGUCGAAGACGAACACAAGUCCAAAGCAGCCGCCACCAUCCCAUCGACUCCCACUGACACCUCUCUUAACAUCAUCACUACCACCUCAUUAGCCCUGGCCUCUGGUUCCAGCGCCUCUUCACCCAAUCGUCGGUUCGGGUGGACUUCCAAGGUCCUUCGCACUGCCUCCGCAUCCGCUGCUGCGUCCAACACAAUCACCGUUGCCAAUACGGCGUCAACAACGGACAACACGACAUCCGUGCAACACUGCAAUCGUCUCUUACCCUCGGCUAACUUCCGGAACUGUCUGUCGGCAACGUCGGUGUGGAAUUUCAACUCCUUGACGGGAAGGAAUUCGAGUUUUCGAGGAUUGAUGACUGGAGGCAAGAGGAAAAACACCACCUCACUAGAAGUCGUCGCGGACUCCUCCUCCGCCGCUUCUAACCAUCCGGUCAUUGUGAAGCCUCCUCCAUCUCGUCUCAAUUUGAAUCAGGCAGAUAAUGUUGGCAUGACACCGUUGAUGCUCUGCGCUGAAGCGGGUCAGAGUGGAUUUCGGAUGGUUUUCGCCCUUGUCUCCGCUGGUUGCGAUAUCUCCGCGGUCGAUAAAAUUGGCAUGACAGCCCUCCACUACGCCUGCUACGUUGGUGCUGUCCCGACUGUUCGAUUUUUGCUGGAGGAGGCUCUUGAAUUCUCCGAUAAAAAGGCUUAUGAUAUACUAAAUCUUCAGGACCGUUUCGGACGAACGCCUAUCUACCUCGCAACUUGUCGAGGUCAUACUCCAGUUGUGGACUACCUUCUCACUUGUAACGCCGACAUCCACAUCCCAAAUAAGGAGCUUAAGUCCCCUCUCUACAUUGCUGCAAAUUUCGGUCAUUUGAAUAUCGUCAACGCCCUAUUACGGCAUGGUGCUCAGGUGAAUCAGGCGGAUUCACAUCAGAAGACACCGCUUUAUGUGGCCACGUACCACGGGCGUUCGGAUAUUGUGUCUUUACUGCUUGCGGCCCAUGCGGAUGUCAAUGCGGCGGAGAUGAAUGGGCGGACACCACUCUACGCCGCAGUGCUUCAUGGUCAUCUCGAUUUAGCGGCAAAAUUACUCUCCCACGGUGCUGCUGUUAAUCGACCGGAUAAAGAUGGUCUUGGACCCCUUCAUAUGGCCGUGAAAUUCCCGAAGCUCGAUCUACCUAUGGUUCGCCUCCUGCUCCGCCAUGGUUGCGACCCCGUCAACCUGGCCGCAUUUACCCGAUGGCUGAUGCAGCACGGUGUACUGUCUGAGUCCUCGUUAGUCUCCUCGCCUGGCCAAUCAGAUGCCUGGCUCAGCGCCUGGCUCCACAAGGAGGAGUCAAAUGUACGCUCAUUGAAGCGUCUCUGCCGAGCUCGAAUUCAAGCUCAGUUGGGGGGAUCGGGAUCAUCCGGCACCACUGCGCGAAUUCGUUGUCUGCCACUGCCACCUCAGUUGAGGGAGUUCGUCUCGUUGAAGGCGCUCUGA